UGUCGCGGGGAUCGCUGCGUGAGCCGCGGGGUCCGCCGUGGCUCCUUCCGCCCUUCGCCCUUCGCCUCGUCCCGGCCUUCGCGGCCCGACGCCGGCUGGGCAUGGUGCGGUCGGCGCGCCCUGCGCGGCCCCGCUGAGCCUCCGCGGCGGCGAGCGCGGCUCGGGGUCACCAUGCCUACCCGAGUGUGCUGCUGCUGUUCUGCUUUGCGUCCUCGUUACAAACGCCUGGUGGACAACAUUUUUCCUGAAGACCCCAAAGAUGGCCUUGUUAAAGCUGAAAUGGAGAAAUUGACAUUUUAUGCAGUAUCAGCCCCAGAAAAACUGGAUCGAAUUGGUUCUUACCUGGCAGAAAGGUUGAGCAGGGAUGUUGUCAGACAUCGAUCUGGGUAUGUUUUAAUUGCUAUGGAGGCAUUGGACCAACUUCUUAUGGCUUGUCAUUCUCAAAGCAUCAAGCCAUUUGUAGAAAGCUUUCUUCAUAUGGUAGCAAAGCUGCUGGAAUCAGGGGAACCAAAGCUUCAAGUUCUUGGAACAAAUUCUUUUGUUAAGUUUGCAAAUAUUGAAGAGGACACACCCUCCUAUCAUCGACGUUAUGACUUUUUUGUAUCUCGAUUCAGUGCCAUGUGUCAUUCCUGUCAUAGUGAUCCCGAAAUACGAACAGAAAUCCGAAUUGCUGGAAUCAGGGGUAUUCAAGGUGUGGUUCGCAAAACAGUUAAUGACGAACUUUGGGCUACCAUUUGGGAACCCCAGCAUAUGGAUAAGAUUGUUCCAUCUCUUCUGUUUAACAUGCAAAAGAUAGAAGAGGUCGACAGUCGAAUAGGCCCUCCUUCUUCUCCUUCCACAGCUGAGAAAGAAGAGAAUCCUUCUGUGCUGGCUGAAAACUGUUUUAGAGAACUGCUGGGCCGAGCAACUUUUGGGAAUAUGAAUAAUGCUGUUAGACCAGUUUUUGCACACCUAGAUCAUCAUAAACUAUGGGAUCCCAAUGAAUUUGCAGUUCACUGCUUUAAAAUUAUAAUGUAUUCCAUUCAGGCUCAGUAUUCUCACCAUGUGAUCCAGGAGAUUCUAGGACACCUUGAUGCACGUAAAAAAGAUUCUCCACGAGUUCGAGCAGGUAUUAUUCAGGUUCUGUUAGAGGCCGUCGCCAUUGCUGCUAAGGGUUCCAUAGGCCCCACAGUGCUUGAAGUUUUCAACACCCUAUUGAAGCAUCUGCGUCUCAGUGUUGAAUUUGAAGCUAAUGAUUUACAGGGAGGAUCUGUAGGCAGUGCCAACUUGAACACAAGUUCCAAAGACAAUGAUGAGAAGAUUGUGCAGAAUGCUAUUAUCCAAACAAUAGGAUUUUUUGGAAGUAACCUACCAGAUUAUCAGAGGUCAGAAAUCAUGAUGUUCAUUAUGGGGAAAGUACCUGUUUUUGGAACAACCACCCAUAAUUUGGAUAUCAGUCAACUAGGGGAUUUGGGAACCAGGCGGAUUCAGAUAAUGUUACUGAGAUCUUUACUCAUGGUGACCUCUGGAUACAAAGCAAAAACAAUUGUUACUGCACUACCUGGGUCUUUUCUGGAUCCUUUGUUAUCACCCUCUCUCAUGGAAGACUAUGAACUGAGACAGUUAGUUUUAGAAGUAAUGCAUAAUCUUAUGGAUCGCCAUGACAACAGAGCAAAACUUCGCGGGAUCAGAAUAAUACCAGAUGUAGCUGACCUAAAGAUUAAAAGAGAAAAAAUUUGUAGACAAGACACAAGUUUCAUGAAAAAGAAUGGGCAACAACUAUACAGGCACAUAUAUUUGGGCUGUAAAGAGGAAGACAAUGUUCAGAAAAACUAUGAGCUACUUUAUACUUCUCUUUCUCUAAUAACUAUUGAACUGGCCAAUGAAGAAGUGGUUAUUGAUCUCAUUCGAUUAGCCAUUGCUUUACAGGACAGUGCAAUUAUCAAUGAGGAUAAUUUGCCGAUGUUCCAUCGCUGUGGAAUCAUGGCACUGGUUGCAGCAUACCUCAACUUUGUAAGUCAGAUGAUAGCUGUCCCUGCGUUUUGCCAGCAUGUUAGCAAGAUUAUUGAAAUUCGAACUAUGGAAGCCCCUUAUUUUCUACCAGAGCAUAUUUUCAGAGAUAAGUGCACGCUUCCAAAGUCUUUAGAGAAGCAUGACAAAAGUUUGUACUUUCUGACCAACAAGAUUGCAGAGUCAUUAGGUGGAAGUGGAUAUAGUGUGGAGAGAUUGUCGGUACCAUAUGUGCCACAAGAAACAGAUGAAGAUCGGCUUUCUAGAAGAAAGAGUAUUGUGGACACUGUGUCCAUUCAGGUGGAUAUUUUACCCAGCAAUGUUCCUUCUGAUGAUGUGGUUAGUAACACUGAGGAAAUCACCUUUGAAGCACUGAAGAAAGCAAUUGACACCAGUGGAAUGGAAGAACAGGAGAAAGAAAAGAGGCGUCUUGUGAUAGAGAAAUUCCAGAAAGCACCUUUCGAAGAAAUAGCAGCACAGUGUGAAUCCAAGGCAAAUUUGCUUCAUGAUAGACUUGCUCAGAUUUUGGAACUCACCAUACGUCCUCCUCCAAGUCCGUCAGGAACACUGGCCAUUACUUCUGGACAUGCCCAAUACCAGUCUGUCCCGGUUUAUGAGAUGAAGUUUCCAGAUCUGUGUGUGUACUGAAUGGCUCGUGAAGACCUCAGCAUAGUGUUUUAAAGCCUAAAAAUU